CAGACGCACACAUUCAUUCAUUUGUUGAUUUCUUGUUGUUCUUGUUGUAGCUGUGUUGUAAAAUGAGUGAAUUAAUUAAAAUUUUUCAAAAAUUAAGUGAAUAUUUCGUGCGUGGUUUGGUGUGGGAAGAAAUAGAAGAUAUUUUCGAACAAUUUCAACGAAAUAAAAACUCAACAGAAUCAAAUGAACAUCUGCAGAAGUUAUUGAAUAUUCCUCUUGUGCAGCGAUGUGUGGUGGAUGAAGAAAUUAUUUCCAAUUUGCUGGAGCUAUGUGUGGCCAUUCGUACUUUACGCGGUGAUUCUGUGGGUAGUUAUGAUAACACAUUUGAUUGUUGGGAUCAGGUGGUCAAGGUGGCGCCACGGGAUGGUUACUUAGCAUUUAUAUACACAUUGGCGGGACUUAUACAAAUCGAUCCCAAUUCCUCUCAGUACAUAAAAUUGUCUUUGCUUGCUGUAAAUGCCUACUUUUUAACACUUACCAUACCCGGAGCUAAGGGUUUCCAUAUUUUUGAAGAGGAAUUGAUCAACCAUUGCUUACAAGUGUUCGGUUUAAUAGAACGUCUACAAAAUCCGGACGUUAUAAAUCGUAUGCCACGCCAUGAGCCUAUACAGAUCUGGGUGCAAUUCUCAACAUUUUGUGACGAUUUGAAGUUGGUGCUGCGUUAUGUCCAUUUUAAGGAUUAUCAAACGGCGCGAAAUGGAAUUCUAAAGAAGUUAAUAGACAUUCAAUAUGUGAAUCAUGAACGUGGAUAUGCAAAUAUGUAUGCAGCAAAUUUGCAUGCGAAAUGUUUUGAGAUCUACGAAGAGAUGAUUAAUGCUCACAAUGGAGAUCCCGAACAGACACUGUUAAAGCUCAUGAAUCUGACCGUAUUUCUUCAUACAUAUUCAUCUAAACCCAAAUCCAAUCAAACUACGUCCAGUAACAUAAAUAGCGAUUGUGAACACAUCUCGGAUUGGUUUAUAAAAUGCAUAUCAAAAUAUUCUCGACUAUUGGUGAAAGUAUUAAAAUUCUACAUUGAAUGUAUUAUCACGAAUCCCGUUCGAACAUGGAAAAGUGAACAUAUACAAAAAGCCCUGGAAUAUGCUGCCAAAUAUGAUGCUGCUCUAUUCACAAAGUGCAAUGAAUCGUGUGUGGAAUUUCUUUGUGAUGCCGUAUAUGCUGAUGAAGUGAUGAUUAGAUCUCGAACUAUUGACCUAAUGUCGAAGAUACUUCAAAUGGAAUCACAUGUAGAUUGGCAAAUGUUUCGCCAUGAAGUUUCAGAUAUACCGCGAGAAAUUUAUCUCAUCAAGGAAUUAAUUGAUAGUAUACAAGAUCAAAAUAAUAAUAUUAAAUUAAAAUCGGUACAGGCCCUACACACAGCUCUGACCAAAGGUUCUCCGAAUGCCAGGAAAAUUCUCACAGAGUGUCUGAAAUACACGGAGUUUUGUGAUAUGAGUGUUGUGUUGCCCGAUGAACCAAGAGUGGGAAAGAAUGAAAUACGUUAUGAAAAACCCAAUGCCCAGGAGGCAAAGUAUUCCUUUCAGGGACAUGCAAUUAUUCAAUUAUCCAUACUUAAUUUGCCAUCAUAUGUCUACACACAUCUCUAUCAAAGCCCUCUGUCGUAUAUACGGAGAGCUGGAAUAAUGCUAAUGGAACAAUUGGUAAAGUUAAAUCCAUUGAUUAUUUUCAAUACAAAUUUCGUAAUGGAAACUUCACGCCUGGUUUGUGAGCCCACAGCAUUGGUGCGUAAACAAACCUUACUUUCGAUUGACUCUAUUCUGGAAUGUUAUCCCAAUUGUUACCCUGUGGUGUGGGUAUGGUGUAAGGUCAUAACACCCAUGUUGCAAGAUGGCGAUACGAAAAACAUUGAAGUGGCAAUGGAGUGUUUUCGAUCCAGAGUCUUGUCAAACUUGAAGAGUAUAGAACAAACAAAUAAAGCCGAACACUUUAUGCCUUGGGUCAUUAUACGAACUCUACUAUCCACACAAUCGCGUUUCUAUUUGCAGAAUUGUUUUCAUUUGGCAUUACAACACAAAAUGAUAAGUUCCCAAAUGGUCGACAUUGUUGAGUCACAUUUGCUUACAUCGAAUUCCACCGAAGCCUGGAUUGUUUUAAACUUCAUCGCAAGUAAAAUGAAAAGCCGAGAACCCGAUGCUUUACUACAUCAUUUUAUAACUUUACAAUCUUGGAAUAAGGAACAAAAUAUGUUAAUAGCUUUGGAAGUGUUGGCUAGUUGUAUAAAGGAUUUCUCUCAUACUGCUCUAAAUCAUGCAUUCAAUCAUAUACUAACUCAAAUUAAAAAUGGACAGCUACUGCCGACCAUUAUUGGCAAAGCAUUUGAUUUUCUGGUAUUAAUUGACAAUCGUUCCAAUACAACGGGGAAAAAUAAAAAUCACAAGAUGGAUACUUCCUCCUCAUCCUGCCACCAAUGGAUUCUCGACUUACAUCAACAUUUAGAAAAUGACAUUCUAAAUGGCAUACAAUAUUUCCCCGAUAAUCGUGAUACAUUUAUGUCUCAAUUAUUUGCCUAUUCCGAAGUGAAUUUGCAAACACGUCUGCGGCCCGACUCAACCAUAAUAAUGUUUCUACACAAAUACAUGAGUGAAUGCAUUAAAAUGAGGGAAAACGAAAUGGAUUUGGACAAUGCAAGAAUUUUCAAUUGUAUCAUACAAAUCACAGGACGCCUGUCGUUAAGAGAUGGUUGUGUUGCCACAACUACUUGUGCAUUGUAUGCCAAUAUUCUGGCCAUUAACGAUCAGCCACCAAUUGUAAAUACAAUUAUUGUUUCAUUGACGGAUUUGUGUAAGAAACACACCCAAGUUGUGGAACGUAUUGUGGAUAGAGUUCUGCGUAAAUUGAAAUCACCCUAUGAUGUUAAUCGUUUGGAAACAUUCAAGUGUUUUGAGAAACUUGUGCUGCAAGAUCAAAUAAAGCUAAGAGGGUCAAUUUUAUUGGCAUUACUGGCAGCCCUUCUAGAUGAGUGUGAAGAUUUGUCCAAAAGAGCAGCAGACUUUUUCGCCGAAUUUCUAUCAAAGAAAAAUGCAACAUUAUUUCAAAAGUGCCUCAUCGAAUGCCCCUUUGUUUUUAAUGAAUAUAAGAAUUUCGAUGGCUUGGAUAGCUUCUCGGAAGCAUUUAUCAAAUCUCCCCUUAAAGGUGAAUCUCAUCGCAAACGUCGUCAGCUGUUAUACAAACAUCUAAUGGAAGAUAUGGAUGACAUAAAUAUGGUCUUAUAUUUUGGACAAUUGAAAUUAAUAGCAGAGAAAUCAAAAUCCGAUCCCUUAAUAAAAGAACCGGAAGGUAUAGCUCUUGUCAAGGAUGUCCUGUACAUUCUCAAAAAGGUAUGUCAAUUGACGAAGGAACAAAAACAAACAACGGAGGCUGAUGGCGGCGACAAGAAAGAUGAAGAUGAUGUAUUGGCUGAAAUCAACGAGUUAAAUGAAACAAAUCAAGAUGCAAAAACCAAUGCAAACAAUACGCCCAGUAAAAAUGCUCCAGCCAAUGGACCUGGACGAGGUAGAAGAAAAAAGGAACUAACAAUGCCAGAAGCUAUGACACUGCUCGAAAAGUCGUUGAUUUUCAUACCCACCAUCUAUCAAAAUAUCCACAAGUAUGAUGAAACGGUGCAACAUUCAUUUGAUGAUCUUUGCAAAGCUUUAUAUAAAAGAUUUCCAAAUCUAGUGGAUUAUGCCCAGCCGGCUGAAUUUUGGAAUAAAUAUCGUAAAUCCAAAGUGGUGGCGGCGACGACGGGAAAGAAAACGCCGAAACGUAAAACUCCCAAAAAGAAGAAAAAACGUAAACAAACAAUACGGGAUUCAGAAAGUGAGGCCAGUGAGGCCGAAGAAAAUAAUGAUUCGGAGCAAGAUAAUGCGUCGGAUGCAGAAUCGGCAAAUGAUAGCGAUACUGAUGAUGAAAUCUUAACCGUUAAGAAAACAAAACUGAUGGAAAAACAAAUUACUAACAAUAAAACAUGUUCUCAACUAUCCAUGGAUUAUAUAUUUAAACCGAAUAUAUAAUGCAACUUAACUGCCUUUCGAUUGUAAAUAUGAUUAUUGAAAUAAAUACUUUAAGUUAUAUUUUUGGACUACA